AUGGAGGUCGCCCGCGACUACGCCGGAGCCCUCUUCAGGCCCCUGACAUUCAUGGGCUCGAAGACAAAGCAAGUGCUCCUCACGCCCCUCAUGCAGUCGGCUCGCCCCUUCCGGGUCUCCAACCAUGACCGCAGCAGCCGGCGCGGGGUGAUGGCCAGCACCCUGAAAGAGCUCAUCAGCAAGACGCUGGAAGCGCUGGUCAUCACCACUGGACUGGUCACGCUGGUGCUGGAGGAGGACGGUACCGUGGUGGACACGGAAGAGUUCUUCCAGACCCUGGGGGACAACACGCACUUCAUGAUCUUGGAAAAGGGACAGAAGUGGACACCGGGCAAGUACCUUCCGGCUUGUCAGCAGCCCAAGAGAUCAGGAAUCGCCAGAGUCACCUUCGACCUGUACAAGCUCAGCCCCAAGGACUUUAUGGGCUGCCUGAACGUGAAGGCCACCAUGUACGAGAUGUACUCCGUGUCCUACGACAUCCGCUGCACAGGGCUCAAGGCCAUGCUGAGGAGCCUGCUGCGGUUCCUGUCCUACACCGCCCAGGUGACCGGCCAGCUCCUCAUCUACAUGGGCUCCUACAUGCUCAACAUGCUGGGUGACACGGAAGAGCAGCCUCCUCUCAAGUCGCACUCCAGGGGCCGGUUCACGUGUGGAUAGGGACGCGCGCCUCUUGGUCCAGAUGCUCCCUUUUCA